GCGAAUAGGAUCUCAUCUCAAUAUGACUCAUUUGUUCCCAUUGCAAAUGGCAGGCCCUGGUCUAUCUUGGUUGAGUUAUACACAUAUUUGCCCCAUUGCCUUUUGGGAGCGUUCGACCUGGUUAUCACGUGAUUUCACGAAAACUAGUGACGUUCGGAAAACACACGUGACCGAAAGAAACGAACAAAUUGCUCGUAUUCACAGCACGGUCAGACUGUUUAUGUCUAUUUUCUCUUCUGCUUUUACCCACGGGGGAAAAUAUCACGUUCUUUGAAAGGGAUUCAUCAAGGAAGGCACAUCUUCAGAACAUUGACCAACAAUGGACCAGUCCUCUCGAUAAUUUUUUAAAAAGGUUUUAGGAAUAAAAAAAGAUAUGAAAUAUAUCCAUCUAUCUAUUUAUUUGAUGUUGCAGUGUUUUUAUGCCCUGUGUACCCUCCCUGCUCCGGUCAAUGUUACCAUCGAUUCUCUCAACUUCCACCAUGUUCUCCGCUGGAUCCCUGGGCCAGGCACACCACCCGGGACCAUGUACAAGAUCUUACACAGAGAAAACAACAUGACCCUACAGAUACAGCAUCAAACCAACAUGACAAAUCAGAAGCUGGAUCUGAAGUACCCCAAAGAAGAAUACAGAUUGUGUGUUCAGGCUUCCCACGAGCUCUUGGAGUCGCCCCUGACCGUGAUCACCUUCACCCCCUUCACACAGACUGUUAUUGGUCCUCCGACAUUGUCUUUGGAAGGAUGUGGCAAUUGUCUGGUAAUCAACAUCACACUACCUGAGAUGGAAACCAUUCGAAAUGUCUAUGGGAGCACCGUAUCCUUUCAGAUCCACUGGAAGAGAGCAGGAGAGACUCUGAUCAAAGAGACCCGUACAACUCAUUUAAGUUAUAUGCUGGAGAACUUGAAUGUGGGCGCAGAGUACUGUGUGAGGGUGCAUACGAUGAUCACCACCAACCAAAAAACACAGCUUUCUGAGUGGAAGUGUGCACACACCAGUAUUGUGGAGGCUAACAGAGUCCCUGCUGUUGUAGUUGGGGUGUCGGUUCUCCUCAUUGUGAGUGGGGCAGGCCUGAUGGUUCUCAUGUUUGUCUUGUUCUACACUGGGUUCUUGUGCAAGUUGAAGACCCAUCUGCCUAGAUCACUGACUGCCCUGGUUGAGGGCUACCUAGUCACCCCAGAGAGAACAGUUCCUGACCUGGUCUCCAUAUCCUCUGAGCCAGAGCAACAAGGGAAGGCCCUCACAACAAAAGCACACCACAACAGAGAGAACUUGAACCGAGCAGGGGAGGAAGAGGAGGAGGAGGAUGAAGAGGAGGAGGGGGGAAACGGCAUGGUCUACAUGGACCGCGAUGCGGGGCUCUCCUUUGAUAGCAGCUCCAGCACCAUACAGUCCCAGGAAGCAUCAGGGGCUAAUGUUGCCCUUCUUAACGUAGCAGGGCAUUCUGGGGGGUUGAGUUUUGAGACAGCAGCUGAGGAGGAAGAGGAAGUUCCUGUGGGUGUGGUGGUGCUUGAAGGUCAGGGUCAGAGCGAGGUCAAAGGUGAACUAACUAAGGUCAUUUCCAGCCUAGACGGAGAUCAACCCAGACCUCUGGGACUUGUAGGGUUGGGUGGAGAGGAGGAGAAAGAGAUGAGGGAGGUGGAGAAAGAGAUGAGGGAGGAGACCUCUGGUAACGUCAAUCUGUUCUCUGUGACUCUGGGGGCUUUAAAGAGGGAGGAGGAGGAGGAGGAGCAUGAGACAGAUGUUUUAUUAGGCUGUUCCAAACUUGAGCAGAAGCCUCUACUUCCCAUAGACUCCUUACAGAGGACAUUAGGACUGGACAGCAUGGGAUCACAGGGUGAGAUACAAGAAGAUACAGGCCUAGUACUGUCACGGGCAGACUGCACACACAAAUACUUUGAAUAUUCAGAUAGACAUGCUGUCAGCUGUACAAAGACAUACUCUGACUGCCUGGUAACGCACACUGGCACUGUGCAGUCUCACAAUGAGACAGAGGAGGAAGAGGAAGAAGAAGAAGAAGAAGACGACUUCUCAGGCUAUAUGGGACAUUGAUGCGUGCGUGCGUAGCGUGGUUCAUUCUGCGUUGUGUACUUUUAAUUAGGACGCUGCCACAACUGAAGGUCUGCUAGUUGAAUUAUUUUUAUUUGCCCUGCACACAGAGACAACACACAUUAUGUUAACCCUUGGCACAGUCCUAGCUCUCAGGCACCUUGCUAGCCGAAGGUCAGGCAAAAGAGAACAAUAAGAGGGUACGGAAAUACAGAUAACCCGCGAUGGGCCAAACCAAAAUAUAUACAAAAUGUACAAUAUUGAUAUGAAAAAGUGUUUGUACACCAAAGAAAAACAUUAGCUAUGCAGCUGUAAAUACAUUAAAAAAAAUACACUGAAUUAUUAUUCUCAAAUUAUUAACAUCCCCUCUUGACCUGGCCUAUUUGAAUUGGUCCUUGAGUGCAACUUGGUGCAUAAUCUAGGGGAACAACAUCACAUUGCUACACAUGUGUGCUGUGUAGACAGACCUACAGUGUAAGUGUCUUAGCCGAUAAUUGCACAGAUAUUCCACCUGGUUGGGUAUGCCUUCUAUCACGUCCAUUCCUUCCCAAAUAUUGUCUUCUGUUGAGAAUGUGUGUAAAACAAAGGUAUUCACACCUUCCCGAUCCUCACCCAAAAACUAAUGACCGCCUUAAAAUGUCUCUACGUGUUAUCGGGAUUCUGUUCAUUCGGAUUUUUGAAAUGAUCUUUCUCAAAAACGUUUGUAUAUUGUCCCAUACUAUAGCGUGUACUAUUAAUUUGUAUUUUUGUUUGUUAUUUGGUGACAUUAAUGCAGUUCCUCCACCCCGACUUUGAAUACCACUGAUGUGUCCGUUUCAUUCAUUGUAAUGUACGUGCAAUUUUAUGAAAGAAGAAUAUUAGUGCUCAAUGAUCAAAUCGUGACCCGGUUUUUGUGUAGAAUGUGUUUUUUUUAGGCUAUUGUUUCUAAAAAGUUAUUAUGUGGGAAAUUCCUUGAUAUACGUCGAUACUUGUGUGUCAUGUUAAAGUACACUGCUCUCUAAAAAAAUUAAUGCUUAGUGUGAAACCAUGUCCCCCAGGAAAAGCCAUUCCGUUCUUAUAAAGAUCUGUGGUUGGUUGCGCAACGUUUUGUCGUCAUUUCCAGCAGCAGCGUUGUUAUGCCGCGUUCAAAACAACUGGGAACUCGGAAAAAAUGUGAGGUCGAUGAUCUUUCAUGUGAGAAAAUAUGAUAUCUAGAAAGAGGCCCGAGUUCCCGAUUUGGAAUUCCGAGUUGGAUGACCGUUCGAAAUGAUUUUCCCAACCGUAACUCGUUUUUUAACGCCUGUAAAUCGGAGAUUUCCGAGUUCCCAGUUGAUUUGAACGCGGCAAAACCUUUUUUUGUAUUUCUACUGGCAAGCUGGCAAGGCAAGCAGUUACGGAAAGCACCCCAAUUGUGGCAGAGGACUGGCUCUUCUUGUUUGACUUUCUGUUGCCAACCAGGCAGAAAUGUGAAAUGUCAUCUCAUAACGGUAGCUAUGUUUUUAUUGUAAUUGCAUUAUGCUUGGCGUUAUCAAAGGAUAUCCACUGUUUGGCCUAGGCUUUGUUAGCGAGAAGCUAACGGAAUCAUGGCAUUAGUGGAACCGAGCUGUUGUUUUACUAGCGGUUAUCGUGUUUUGUUCUUACUAUCUCUCUGCACGUUUAUGUUGGUAAUGUUGAUGUAGCUAUUUAGCAGGGGUGUAAAAAAAAUACUUUGAAGUACCAUUUAACGUUACCCCCAUAAAACGACUUAUCUGCUUUACUGUUUUAUAUUUUUUGACAACUUUUUUACUUCACUAAAUUCCUAAAGAAAAUGAUGUACUUUUUUUUUUUACUCCAUACAUUUUAACCCUGACAACCCAAAAGUACAUGUUACAUUUUGAAUGCUUAGACAGGACAGGAAAAUGGUCCAAUUCACGCACUUAUUCAAGAGAACAUCCCUGGUCCUCCCGCAUCUGAUCUGCGGACUCACUAAACACAAAUGAUUCCGUUUGUAAAUUUAUGUCUCACGAUCCGUAAAUAAAAACUAUACAUUUA